CUCGUCGUCUUGCACGGCGAGGCGCUUAGGCCGUAACGAUGCCCGACCACCCAACGACAUCAUGGCAGGCCAUGCAAGAUGGCAAGGUCUUCUAUCGCAAGCAGCAGCUGUACAUGAUACCCGACAAACUGCCCAAUCUCGCCGACUACAUCGUUGCAGGAUGUCGGUAUGGUGGUCCCCUCGCUUUAAUGCGAGAUAACACGAAGAUGAUUGCGCUUGGACGCGCUGCACCCACGUUCCAAAAGGCCGAAAUACGCAUCUACUCCGCCUCGGGGGAUGGAUUGCUACUAUUCACUUGGAAUCAAGGCCGCAUCAUCCGCUUUGGAUGGACACACGACGAGCGGCUAGUCGUGCUGAACGAGGAGGGCGUGUACCGGAUCUAUGACCUUCAGGGCGAAUACGAGCAAUACUCGCUCGGCAGCGAGGCCGGCGAACUUGGCGUCAUCGAUGCGCAGAUCAUGGAGAGCGGUCUGGUCGCUCUGACGGGGUCGCUGUCUCUGCUUGAGGUCAAGGGAUGGACGGGGUCGCGCCCGGUGACGCUGGCGAAUCCAGGUCUCAUCGAGCCCCCCUCCGCCUGGGCAGUCAUCCCACCCGACUACACAAGCUCCCGUCACGUCGAGGUCCUGCUCUCCGUCGACUCCACCAUCUACACCGUCGACAACCUCGAGUGCAUCGACCAACGCUUGUCGCGCGGCCCCUUCACGCAGAUUGCGCCUUCGCCCAAGGGACAGAACCUCGCGCUCCUCACGUAUACAGGAACUCUGCUCGUUGUGUCGUCGGACUUCCAGCGCAGCUUCACUGAGUUCGACACGACCAAUGUGCCGGGCGCGGAGGGGAACGUGCGGCAGGUGGCGUGGUGCGGAGACGACGCGAUCCUGGUAACCUGGGAGUCGCUGGUGGUUUUGGUCGGACCGUUUGGCGAUACGCUGCAGUUCUUCUAUCCCGGUUCGACCUUCGUCGUAACAGAGCCAGAUGGCAUACGCGUCGUUGGACCAGACGUCUGCGACUUCAUCCAGAAAGUGCCGGCACCUUCACUGUCCGUCUUCCGGCCUGGGUCCACCUCCCCUGCGGCCAUCCUGUACGAUGCAUGGGAGAGCUUCUCCCACCGCUCGUCUAAGGCACAUGAGAGCAUAAAGAACAUCCGUCCCGACCUCGCUGCCGCAGUGGACGAGUGCAUAGCUGCUGCUGGUCAGGAAUGGGAGCCGUACUGGCAGCGCAGGUUGCUGAAUGCUGCUAAACUCGGCCGCGGAUUCCUCGACCUUUACGACCCAACUGACUUCGUGCGCAUGGGCUGCACGCUGAAAGUCCUCAACGCAGUGCGCUUCUAUGAGAUUGGCAUACCACUUACCUAUGCGCAAUAUACCCACACCUCCCCCUCCCACCUCAUCGCCCGCCUCACCUCCCGAAAUAUGCACCUCCUCGCCCUCCGCAUCUCUUCCUUCCUCGAUCUCAAGCCCGACACCGUCCUACGACAUUGGGCGAGUGCGAAGAUCGCGCGGUCGCGCUCAUCGUCGACCGGUGAUGAAGGCGGCGGAGCAGGCGGGCGCGAUGCAGACGACGAGGUCUGCAGGACAAUCGUGGAGAAGUUCGAAGCAUUGGGCGGAGCGGAGGUCAGCUAUGCAGACAUUGCGAAGCGGGCGUGGGAGGUAGGGAGGGCGGGAUUGGCCACGAAGCUUUUGGACCAUGAGCCAAGGGCGAGUGAUCAGGUGCCGUUGUUGUUGACCAUGAAGGAGGAUCGACUGGCCUUGGAGAAGGCGGUGGAUAGCGGGGAUACUGACCUCGUCUACCAAGUCCUGCUGCACCUUCACAAACGGCUGCCCCUCGGCACGUUCUUCCGCCUCAUCGAAGACGGUGGGCCCAAGCUUGCCCUUGCCAGCCGCUUGUUGCAAGUGUAUGCGCGGGAACAGGACAAAGAGAUGCUCCGGGACUUCUACUACUCGGACGACCGGAGAGUCGAAAGCGCAGUGCUGUCGUUGGAGGAGGCGGCGACUAUGCAGGAUCCAGAAUCAAAGAUCACUGCGGUGAAGGCAGCGCAGAAAUUCUUUUCGGAGGACAAGGAUCGAGCAUUUGAGGCCAAGAUGAUGGAUGAGAGCGUACGCCUGAUGACGCUGCAACAGCAGCUAGAGAAAGAGACAGAUGGGCGGGUGACGUUCUUCGGGUUGACUGUCAACGAGACCAUUCGUGCAUGCCUUACGAACGGUCUCUCCAAGCGCGCAGACAAGAUCAAGUCGGACUUCAAGGUCCCCGAUAAGAGAUUUUGGUACACCAAACUCUACGCUCUUACCUCUGUCCGGGACUGGGAAGCCCUCGACACCUUUGCUAAGUCGAAGCGCAGUCCCAUUGGGUACGAGCCCUUCGUACGGCACCUCAUCGAGAAGGGCCACCCCACGCAGGCGGUGCCGUACGUCGCGCGGUGUGACUCGCCAAAGCGGGCGGACCUAUAUGUGGAGUGCGGGGAGUGGCGAAUGGCGGGACAGGCGUGCAAGGAAAGAGGAGACAAGGCAAAGCUAGAGGAGCUCAGGAGGAAAUGUCCGAAUUCGAUGAUCGAGCGGGAACUAGCGCAGAUUGCGACGACUAUGAAGUAGCGGAUGAAUUUGCAUUUGGAGCGGUCAGCAUCAGCUGUUCUGUGAUACGAGUGUGGUUGCUUGAUUGAUGUCCGUGUUGUAUUGACCGAACCUCUGCCUCGGACGCAAAUCCAGUAAGCCUUUCCCUUCAUCAUCGGCGCUUAUUGUGCCUAUUCAAUCGUCUGCGC